AGUGCCCCAGUGCAAGGCUCUACUUCCGCCCCGCGCGGCCCCGCCCCCCGCAACGCGACGGGCGGUCACGUGACCGCCGCGCGCGUUCCCGGCCGCUGCGGGCUCCGAGGCCGAAGAGGAAAGACUGCGAGCCGGCCGCGGCUUUGGCUAGAGAGCACAGAAUGAACCAGCAGUGGAAGACAAAAUACUGCACACUAUUUGAUUGCUGAUGAAGAUGAUCUUUUAUUUUUGUGACAGACAACUGUGGGAUCUGUAAUAGAAAUGAUGGCUGGCUGUGGUGAAAUUGAUCACUCAGUAAACAUGCUUCCUACGAACAGGAAAGCGAAUGAGUCCUGUGCGAAUCCUGCACCUUCUCUAACUGUCCCUGAAUGUGCCAUUUGUCUGCAAACAUGUGUUCACCCAGUCAGUCUGCCGUGUAAGCAUGUGUUCUGCUAUCUGUGUGUAAAGGGAGCUUCAUGGCUUGGAAAGCGAUGUGCCCUCUGUCGACAAGAAAUUCCUGAAGAUUUCCUUGACAAGCCAACCUUAUUGUCACCAGAAGAACUCAAGGCCGCAAGUAGAGGAAAUGGUGAAUAUGCAUGGUAUUAUGAAGGAAGAAAUGGGUGGUGGCAGUAUGACGAGCGCACUAGUAGAGAGCUGGAAGAUGCUUUUUCCAAAGGUAAAAAGAGCACUGAAAUGUUAAUUGCUGGGUUUCUGUAUGUUGCUGAUCUUGAAAAUAUGGUUCAGUACAGGAGAAAUGAACAUGGACGUCGCAGGAAGAUUAAGCGGGAUAUAAUAGAUAUACCAAAGAAGGGAGUAGCUGGACUUAGGCUGGACUGUGAAGCUAAUACUGUAAACCUAGCGAGAGAGAGCUCUGCCGACGGAGCGGACAGCGUAUCAGCACAGAGUGGCGCUUCUUCUGUUCAGCCUCUAGUGUCUUCUCUAAGGCCCCUGACAUCAGUAGAUGGUCAGUUAACAAGCCCUGCAACACCAUCCCCUGAUGCAAGCACUUCUCUGGAAGACUCUUUUGCUCAUUUGCAACUCAGUGGAGACAGCAUAGCUGAAAGGAGUCAUAGGGGGGAAGGAGAGGAAGAUCAUGAAUCGCCGUCUUCAGGCAGGGUACCGGCACCAGACACCUCCGUUGAAGAAACCGAAUCAGAUGCCAGUAGUGAUAGUGAGGAUGUAUCUGCGCUUGUUGCACAGCACUCCUUGACCCAACAGAGACUUUUGGUUCCUAAUGCAAACCAGACAGUAUCUGAUCGAUCAGAUCGAUCAGGAAUUGAUCGAUCAGUAGCAGGGGGUGGAACAGUGAAUGCUGGUGUCAGAUCUAGAAGGCCUGAUGGACAGUGCACAGUAACUGAAGUUUAAGUGAAAAAGUCUUCAGCUCCAUGCUCAAAGUUAGAAUGGUUAUCUGUAAAUUUCUGCCCACAUAACAUUAUACUCAUCCCUGGUAGUGCAUUUUUGGGAGUUGGGGUGGGAAGGGGUAUGGGGAGGACAGACCUGUAAUUAAAAUGUCUUAACAUGUCUAUGUUGAGGAAUUUAUUUAAUAUAAGGAACUUGGCAUUAAUAGUUGAGAGCUGUUUAGUAAUAACCCAGUUUUCUUGAGGUCUGUUAAUUUUAUAGUUUUUUAAAAUUUCUUCAGUUCUUUUGGCGAGCGUGUGUGUAUUAUCUGUGCAUUAACAGUCCUCAUCUGACUCUUGCAUUGUGUCUUAUUUUUCUGCAUGGAUUGACGUAAAACCAUUACUAAAAUUUGGCUCCUAUGAGAUGUCUGGUAUUGGUAUGAACAGGAAGCUUAAUGUGAGAAUAGAUGUGAAUUUGGGAUUUUAAAAUAGAUGAAUAACAACUAUUAAAUAGUAAAGUUACUGAAAUGGAAAUGUAAAGAAAACAGCUAAAAACUCAUGUUUCAGAAUCUUGUCUGUAACAUACUUCACGGCGUUUCCCAUAGGCUUUGCUGUCUAGUCCUUGUAGUUUGAGGUUUCUCUUGAUCUGCAUUUUUCUUUUUGAUUACAGAAUUUAUAAUUUAAUAAAUACUAGACUUUAUCAAAAA